AUGACGUCAUCACCGCCGUUGCUGACGUCAGAUACAACGACGACAACCGUCGCUUGGAACGAGACAUUUUCUCUGGACUGUUCAGGCAGCAAAGAAUCCAUCGAACGUCUCCGACAAGAAACCCUAGUCCUCGAGCUCCGGCAGAGGAGCGCCGCACCGUUCGUCGGCAGAUUACGGGGAUCGGAACUCGUCGGAAAAGCUGAGGUCCCGUGGAGAACCUUAUUGCCGGACUCGACGGAAAGUAUCGAGAUUGAGAGAUGGGUUCCGAUGUUACCGGAAAAUGGGGGUGUUGUUAAUUAUGGUGAUGAGUUGCCGGCGGUGCAAAUAGCUAUGAAAACUAAUCGGAGAACUGAGAGAAAGAAAAUAAGCGGCGCGUGUGGUUGCGUGGACGGUGGGUGUAGUUAUAACUCUUGUGUAGAUUAUGAGUUUUUCGCCAUUGAUGCUGCUUUAGAAGUUCUGUAA